AUGACGGCGGAAGCGGCGGCCAUCGCUUCUCGCGUCGGUCGCGAGACUGUGGGGCGCGCCGUGGACUCCCUCCUCAAGUGGCUCCGCGCUCAGACGGCGGUGCGCAAGCCGCAGCUCCUGGAGCACGAUGAGCCCCUCCGCCUUGUUCUCUCCCUCAGGAAGAUCCCUGGAAAGGGGCGCACCAAUCCAUACCUGAUCUCCCUGCCCCACCCGCUACACCAGCUAUCCGGUCCCGGCGCCGCGGAAGUGUGCCUCAUCACCGACGACCGCCCCUCCGCUCCCGCGACCCCUGCGGCGGCGGAGGAGAGGAUCCGCGAUGAAGGGAUCCCCGUCUCCGAGGUCAUCACUCUCUCUGGCCUCCGCGCGGAUUACAAGGCGUACGAGGCUCGGCGAAAGCUCUGCGGCUCCUAUGACAUCUUCGUCGCCGACCGCCGUAUUCUCCCGCUGCUCCCCAGGUUAAUCGGCAACCAGUUCUUUAAGAAGAAGAAGCAGCCUCUCCCCGUGGACCUCUCCAGGAAGGGAUGGCCGGAGCAACUCCGGCGGUGCCUGGCUUCGGCCACGCUGUAUAUCCGCACCGGCACCUGCUGUCAGCUGGAUGUCGGAAGGGCAUCUCAAGGCAGGGAGGAGAUCAUCGACAAUGUGAUUGCCGCCAUCGAGGGCUCUCUACCCUACAUUCCCCGUAAAUGGGACAAUAUCAGGUCGAUACACCUCAAGUUCGAUGAAUCAGUCGCUCUGCCCAUCUACCGCGCACUGCCUGAAAUGGGCUUCAAGAUUGAAACCUACCAGAAGCCAUUAGUCAAGGGUGCCGGGGAAGAGGAUUUUGCUAAGAAAGAUGGGAUGAAGAAGAAGAAGAAGAAGAGAGAAUCGGAGACUAAGGAAAUGGGGGGCGAGCAAGGACGUCGCAGGAAGGGCAGUAUUCACCAAGUGCGCUACAUGGACACCAGCCUCAGUGAUGCCGAGCUCGUGUCUGAGCAGGUCAACGACGAUGGGGAUAUUACCAGAGAAGCAGAUGAGGAAUCAGAUGGAGAGAAGAAGGUUUCAAAGAAGAGGAAGAAAGAGGCCAGAAUAGGGAAGCCUGAGGAAGUCCCUGAUGUCGAUGGGGUGAAGAAGAGGAAGAAUAAGGACAGGAAGUCAGAUGAAGGUCUACAAAGCGACCUGGAGAAAGAUGCUGAGGUCAAUGGAGGGAAGAAGAGGACAACCAAAGGCAAGAAAUUGGAUGUCGACUCCACAAAGGCCAAGACUAAGCUGAAGAGGAAGGUUAGACAAAACCUUUGA